AUGGGAGUCCGUGGUCUGUCGGCCUUUAUGCGGCAGUAUGGUGGCCGCGCCUCCGCAAGCCCUACCGACAUACGACUGCUUGCACUGGCCGCAAUCAAACGAAGCGGGCAGGCGCGUAGCACUGUGUGUGUCGACGGCAAUAGCCUGCUGUAUUACCUCUACGAGGAUGCUGGCCUCAACUGGCUGCUCGGUGGGCAGUUCGAGCAGAAGGUCGAGGAGUGGCUGGACGCCUUCGAGUCGUGCGGUAUUGGGUUGGUGUUCUUCUUCGACGGCCUGGUGGACCCGCUCAAACGUGCCACGUCCCUUGAGCGACGGUCGCGCGAUGCCAAGUACGCCACGUCCGUCCUGCACUCCCUCCAGGAGCGUGCCAACACCGAUGGUCCCCCGAGAGUGCUCUUGCCCAUCCUCGCCGCUGCAGCGUUCGUAGGCACUCUGCAGAGGCGUGGAGUCGAGAUGCGGUUCUCCAAUUUUGAAGCCGACCGAGACAUCGCCUGCUACUGCACGACCCACCCCGAAUGCAUCGGCGCCGUAUCGCAAGACUCCGACUUUCUCAUAUUCGAUAUGGGGGAGGCGUGCUACGUGCCGCUCGACUCGCUUCAGAUCAAGCAGGCAAGCAAGCCCGGCAAGUGGACCAUCACCUGCCAAACGUUUCGCGUCGAUCUCACUGCUAGCAUGUUCAACUUCGACAAGAAGUGGAUGCCGAUCUUUGCCAGCCUUGUAGGGAAUGAUUACACGCGAGAGGAUACGAGACUAAUCAAGCUCUACCGACAAAUGAACAUCAUCGCGGGCGACAACGUGGGUCAGAUCAUCAGGAAAAUAGCCAAAUUCUUGUCUCGAUUUCGAGCCGAAGAGAAGGAGCUCGAUGUCUACAUGUACCUCAUGAAGUACAUACGAAAGGAGGAUCGGAACCAUCUUCACCAGGUGCUCAAACGUUCUGUGAACGUCUACACCAUUACCUCUGAAGCGCCACCCACCGAUGUGCAAGUCGGUCAUGGAGGGCUAGCCUUCAAGCACGACAGCGGAAUGAACGAGGCGCUGGCUCUCGAGUUCAGACAAGGCCGACUCGCCACCCAGCACAUGUCCGUUUUGGCCGACGGGGAGUACUGGGCAGGCGUGUCGGUGGUGGAUCCCACGCUCUUUGAUCCCGGUGAAAUCUAUCUGCAGCUGCGCGCCACAAUGUACCGCGCGCUUCUGGGCCAUCAGCUAGAGCAGUCGAAGGCCUCGAAGAAGCUUCAGCCGGGGGAGCAAGAGAGCGGCCAGCCGCAGUCUGCGGGUGCUAGCGCUGGCAGCGGCAAGGCCCAGCAGCAGAAGAAGCAGCCAACCAAGGGAGGUGGGCCUACCCUGUGCGUGAGCGAGCUGAUGCAAACUCAGCGCAGCUACCGGAAGCGAAGCACUGUCACGCUCAAACCGGGUGACGCCGGGGGCCAGAUUCUGCGCUACCUCCUCGUGGAGCAAAACGACAGCGCCACCCUAGACGGCGGUGGCGAACGACUCGGGCGGGCGGAGCCUCUGCUGUAUGAGUGGGAGCUCAACACCUAUCUGCUCCACCUGGUGCGACUACAGCGCAAGCAGCCCGCAGCAGUCAAGGGCGCCGACCGGAAGCGGUUCGUGUGCCUGGUCGGUCUGCUUCAGACGGGGCUGCUGCACGCGCUGCUUCUGCACCAGCUGUGCGGCCACCCGCUCGGCCUCCAGCUGCCUCCGCCGUCGCACUACUACGACGGGUUCGCGUUCCUACGGGAGUACUGCCACCGGUGGGACGCGCGACGAGCCGAGCGACGACUCCGAGGCGGCGCUCCAUCGACGCCUCGCCAACCACGCGACGAAGAACAAGAACGAGAACGAGAACGAACUGAAGAGGCCAACAAACAAGAUGACGAUGACGCACGAGAAGAGUUGAAGUUGAAGGAGCAAGUGGUGGAGAAGGAGGAGAACGAUGAUAAAGAAAGCGAUAGCACGGUCCUGAAGGCGAGGGAAGCGAUCGUGGCCGGACUACGACCCCACCCCGACAGCGCAAAGCAGAACGAGCGGGCGGGUCCGUCCCUCUUCAAGCCGGAGACGACCAAGCAGACCAACAAGAAGCGCCGACGAAAAGAGAACAACGGCGGCAGCGGUGCGAGAGAGAAGGAGAAGGAGAAGGAACGACGAGAUCAAGACCACGGCGAGGAGGAAGGGAGCGAUGACCAGGACGCCGACAGACUCGCCACGCACAACUCCGAUGAGGAGAAAUUCGUGGGGCUCUACCUCAUCACCAAAUUCAUCAAAGCCGAACCCGGCCAACGAUGCGCUUGA